GUUCGUGAAAUGAUCAGUGACUUGAAGAAAACUUUGAUUCGAUCAUUGUCUUCAAAGUCAUGGCCUAGUGAAGAAGAGAAAAGUAGAGUUCUUCAAUCGGUUGAAAAAAUUAGUGUGUCUACACCCUACCUACAGAAUUUCCUUAAACAAGUCAUCGAAUCGCCGGAGUUUCAAAUUGAU